GCAGUUACGCGCGGGAGGAGUGGGGAGCGGCUCCCGCGGCGGCGGCCCGGCAGCAUGGGUUGGAGCUGACAGCGCCCGCCCCGCAGACGCCGAGCGCUGCCGGCGGCGAAGGGAAAAGUUGCUGCGUCCGCCCGAGGAAACUUUCUGCUGCCGAGGCGGGGAGGGGGCGGUGGCGGAGCCGGAGCCGGAGCCGAGCCGAGCAGUCCGGUCCGGUGCGGUCCCUGCGCGGCGGCGGCGGGGCGCGCUGCCCUGCGCUACCUGAGGCGGCGCGGGGGUCAUGCCCGCCGCCAGCCUGCUGCCGCUCUUCGGUAGCGCGGCGGGGCCGGGGGCGCUGGGCGGCCCCACGGGCGGUGGCGCGGGUAGCGGGGGCAGGAAGGCGGCGGGCCCCGGCGCGUUUCGGCUGACGGAGAAGUUUGUGCUGCUGCUGGUGUUCAGCGCCUUCAUCACUCUCUGCUUCGGGGCCAUCUUCUUUCUGCCCGACUCCUCCAAGCUCCUCAGCGGCGUCUUCUUCCACUCGGCCGCCCUGCAGCCGCCGCCGCCCGGCGGGCAGCCCCGCGCCCAGCCGCAGCCUGGAGGCGGCCCGGUGGCGGCAGCGGCGGUGGCGGCGGCCGCGGGCGGAGCGGGCAGCCUGGAGCGGAUCCGCGCGGACCACGAGAGGGCUCUGCGGGAGGCCAAGGAGACGCUGCAGAAGCUGCCCGAGGAGAUCCGCAGGGACAUCCGCCAGGACAAGGAGAAACUUCUGCAGGAUGCCCGCGGCAGGAAAGAGGCAGGCGCCCCCGGGCUGCCCCAGCGUCUCUUCCGCCAGCCCGUCGGUGCCGUGGGGCAGGAGCCCUCCGACCCCGCCGUACGGCAGAAGAGAGACAAAAUCAAGGAGAUGAUGAAGCAUGCCUGGGAUAAUUAUAAGCGUUAUGCAUGGGGAUUAAAUGAAUUGAAACCCAUAUCUAAGCAAGGACAUUCAAGCAAUUUAUUUGGUAACAUUCAAGGAGCAACAAUAGUGGAUGCCCUUGAUACACUAUAUAUAAUGGAAAUGAAAGAAGAAUUCAAGGAAGCCAAGGAAUGGGUUGAAAAAAACUUAGAUUUCAAUGUGAAUGCUGAAAUUUCAGUAUUUGAAGUGAACAUUCGUUUUGUUGGUGGACUACUUUCAGCUUACUAUCUUUCAGGAGAAGAGGUUUUCCGAAAAAAGGCAGUGGAGCUUGGAGAGAAAUUGCUACCUGCUUUCAACACUCCCACCGGCAUACCUUGGGCAUUGCUUAAUAUCAAGAGUGGAAUUGGUCGAAAUUGGCCAUGGGCCUCUGGAGGCAGCAGCAUUUUGGCAGAAUUUGGAACUUUGCAUCUGGAGUUCGUACACUUGAGCCACCUGUCUGGAAACCCUGUCUUUGCUGAAAAGGUAAUGAAUAUCCGAAAAGUUCUAAAUCGACUGGAUAAACCAGAGGGCCUUUACCCCAACUAUCUCAAUCCCAGCAGUGGCCAAUGGGGCCAACAUCACGUCUCCAUUGGAGGGCUUGGGGAUAGCUUUUAUGAAUACUUGCUCAAGGCAUGGCUGAUGACGGACAAGACAGAUGAAGAAGGCAAGAAAAUGUAUUAUGAUGCUGUUCAGGCCAUAGAGACCCACCUCAUUCGAAAAUCAGGCGGAGGGCUGACAUACAUCGCUGAGUGGAAGGGUGGACUGCUUGAACACAAGAUGGGACAUCUCACUUGUUUUGCUGGAGGCAUGUUUGCUUUAGGAGCAGAUGGAGCACCCAAUGACAGGACAGGCCAUCACAUUGAGCUUGGUGCUGAAAUUGCAAGGACUUGCCAUGAAUCCUAUGAUCGUACAAGCAUGAAAUUGGGACCAGAAGCCUUCAGAUUUGAUGGUGGUGUUGAGGCCAUUGCUACAAGACAAAAUGAAAAAUACUACAUCCUACGACCAGAAGUUAUAGAGACCUACAUGUAUAUGUGGCGGCUCACUCAUGACCCAAAGUACAGGCAGUGGGGAUGGGAAGCUGUAGAGGCACUGGAAAAACACUGCAGAGUAGAUGGUGGCUAUUCUGGAAUUAGAGAUGUUUAUAACAAUCAUGAAAGCCAUGAUGAUGUGCAGCAAAGUUUCUUCCUUUCAGAGACGCUCAAGUACUUGUACUUGCUAUUUUCUGAAGAUGACCUUCUUCCAUUCGAACACUGGGUCUUCAACACAGAGGCUCAUCCUCUCCCUGUUCUUCACAAAGACGAUGGGAAUAAAGAAGACGACCAGAAAUAGAUGAAGAUUAAGUUAUAUUCUAUUUCAUUCCCGUGUUUCUUUUCAGGACUUGGGCACAUAAUUUGGUUUUAAAUUCUUGAGUUAAUUUUUUUAAUCAAGUGUUUUGCAGUCUAUUUUCUUUAACAGUAAAUGCUUAUGAAUGGACCCAAACUAAUUAUGAUAUAACCCAAGUCCUCUAAUCCAGCUGAACCACUUCUUAGAAGAGAAAUAGGACAUCUCUCCAGAUUGUGUUAGGCUGCACUGCCUUCUUGGCCAAAAAGAGCAGAGGGUCUGCAUGUUACUUCUUAUCUGUUAUGCUUUUAAUUUGACUGCAAAAUUCUUUUCUCCUCUGUGAGGAGAUGUCUGCUUUAAGCUGUAAUAUUUUGCCAUGUUGCAAAAAGCCAUAUUGAAUUAAGUAUAAAGAGCUUUUUUUUUUUUUUUUUUGUUCUAUGUUAAUUUGUUUUGUGUGUCAUCCAAGACAAAUCUUGUGACUGUGACAGCCUCUUCUUAUGCGGGUCUAUCAUUACUUGGUAAACUAUUUGAUGUAUUUCACUGUCAAUGAACUCUACAUAAGAAUAUUUUUCAUCUCAUGCAGACACGACUUUGAAACUGCAGUAUAUGUUGAAGUUAGACUAAACUAGUUUCUAUGAAUUUAGCACAUUAGUUAGCAGACCUUAGUUUUUCAGAUUUUGAGUAGAAUAUUGUAAUAGAAUAAAUUGUUUCCUCCCUUUUCUAAGUGGUGUUAUUCUCAUGUUUUCAGUCAGGCUACUAUGGAGUAAACUAAGGUAGUAAUUUCUUAUUAAGGAAGGGAGUCAUACCUUCUUUAUGUAUUUAGUCCAGUAGCUUUCAUAUGGUUGUAUGGUAAGGAGACAAAAAAAAAAUACCAAUGGCAUUUUCUGGUAAGCUGAGAAUUAAUUAUACUGGAGAUAAUUUUUUGGGACUUCCACAAACAUUCAGGUAGGUUCUGACUUGAAAACAGACUUGAUAGUUUAUUGUCACAAAACAAUUUGAUGUAUCAACAUUAAAGCUAGAUGUUCAGAUGCCUUUAAGCAAAUUUGUCUUCUUAAAAGAUGAUAAUUCAGAGAGGAAAUUAUCCAGCAUAGAACUAAAACUUUCAGAAAGCACUGAGUCUGUCUUAUGUAAGUGAAAGAAAUACAGUGUGCUUAAAAGUAUUUCCUAGAUUAUAGGCCUAGAUUACUAAGAAAGGUAAAAGCUUUGCCAAAAAAGUUUUAAUGUGUGGUAUCACCAAAGGGAAAAAGAAAUGGGAUGUGAUCAAUUCCUGUUUCUAUUUAAAUGUAGUUUGAAGUGGUUUACAUGAUUAUUAAAUCUACCUGUUUUUAUUUAGUGACAGGAUGACUUUCAUUAAUUUUGAGUAACACCUGGCUUCCCAUUCUGAGAAAGCACAUAAUUCACCAAUUGGAUUGCAACAAAACAGAUAUGGUUCUGAACAGUAAUCUUGAAAAGGUAUUUAGUAAGAUAGCUCAGUCCAGCAUAGCUAAUCACAGCUGAGGAGCUACAUUUGUUUAGGCAUUAUGAAGUACAUUUUUUCUGCACUGAUAGAGGUCUGUGAUGUAAGUUUUCUUAGGUAGAAGCCAAGAGCAAAGAUAACUAGUUAAAUUUUUAUAUAUAGCAGCUGGAAGCUGGCCCAUAAAUUUUACUCUCUGGAUUCUGUAAAGACAGCACUGCCUCUCUGCUUCCCCUGCAGACAGAGAACACGGUGUGUGCCACAUGAGCUGCCAAAGACAUUUAUGUAGGGGGCAAGGCAAGAGGAUCUUCAGUGAUGCUGAUCCUUCCUUCACAGGCUUGGCAGAGCUGAGCAUUUGUACAUGGAAGUUAAUAAGGGUACCCUGCUGAGCCUGGGCCGCCCAGUGCUGAGAGCAUGGGCACAAAAGUUGUGCACCUGCAGAUAAAGCCUGCUUACAUGGAACCAGCACCUUGGCUCAGGAGUUUUUGCUUUACUGCCUUUUUUUUUUCUUUUUUUUUAAUUCUGUUAUUAUUUUUCUUUCUUAAAGUAUGAUUCCCUCAUGUCACAGUAACAGUUUUCCAAAAGUGAGCAAGGGUGAAGUCUUGGUUCUCUUCAAGAGCAGAAAUCCUGCUGAUUCUGAUAUUCGAGCAAUUGUAUUGUUGGAGGACUAUAAUAUUUAAUUGUAUUUCUUCAGAAACAGUAUUUAUAAGGGAGCUCUUCCCUCCCACCCACGCUCUGAGUACCACAGAAAAAUUACAGCUGUUAUAGGCCUCGUAUUGCUUAAGUAACUACAAUAGCUCAGACAAAAAAGUCUUUAAGAAAUGUUUUGUAAGUCUCUUUUUACAUGGUUUUCUCAACCUCAGUGUAUCCCCCAGAAGUAUCUGGUGAUCUUAUUUACCAAGCUGAAGAGAAACAGAGGAGAACAAGGUAGCUCUUCAUGUUUCAAAAAGCAGGCUACAAACACACAGCUCUUGUAUGCAUCAGAUCUUACGUAUUUAAAUAUAAGCAUCAUGACUGUUUCCUUGUAAUACAGACAUAAAGUAUGUUGGGGUUUUGGUUGGAUUUUUUGUUUUGUUUUGUUUUGUUGGUAUUUUUUAGUUUGGGAGUUACAAUGAUUUGAAAGAGCACAAACGUGUUGUGACUAGUAUUGGUAUUCAGGUUGUAUGUACAAACUGCACUAUACUGUACUUUUUGUAAACUAAUGUAAGUAGACGAGAAGAUUGUACAAUGUGUAGAUCUGCCAACUGUAAGAAAAAAACCUUUGCAUAAGCUGAGAAUAUAUUGAUUUUUCUUCCUUUUUUUUUUUUUUUUAAAUAACCCCAAAACACCAAAGUUGGAGCAAUCAUUUUGAAACAGUCCAUACUUACCGCUGCUUGUUAGAGUGCUGAGAUUGUGUGCAUUUUAUUUCCCAUUCACUUAACUAGCUACAUGGAAGUGGCUAGUGCUGGUCCCCAUGUAUUCCCAGUCCUUCAUAAGAGCAAAGGAAAUUGCUUUAUCCUUGGGAGCAUGGGAGGGUGCACACACAUCUUUACAUAAACUGCCUAUACUUUUACAUUUCUUCAUAGCAUAAUAAUGCAUUUAAAUCUUCAUAUGUUAAGUCCUAACAGGUAAAUUGCUUAAAUGGCACCCACAUUGUUUCAUGGGGGAAAAAAAUAAUGUUUUGAUUGUUUGUGAGAUAAGUAUUACAUAUGUGUUGGCUGUACACAGAUUUUUGCAAUUCCCAAUGGCUCACUGUUUCUAUGGUGACUUCAUCAUACAUAUCCAUUUCUAUCAUGCAUUUAAACUGUUUUUUGAUUUGUACAGAGUCCAUUUAGUCUUUUCAUCUUUAUAUAAACAGAAAUUAUGGAAUACAUAAUAGAUCAAGAUGCUUAAUUUUUAAGAACUUAUAUUUGUAAAAAUUUCUCUAUUGUGAAUAAAGUCUUUUAAUAUA